UGGAUCCGCAGCUGAAACACUUUUGUUUGAACUCUCGUCUAUGAAGGAACGCGGCUACUUUGGACUGUUUACUGCAGCUUCAGGCGGGUUUUAAUCAUCAGAACCAAACGACUGGAUCAAAUAGGAAAGGAUUAUACAAUAAGAAAGGAGACAGCCAUGCCUUUAUCUAGAGGAAAAAAACAGGCAGCAACCGCAGGGAGCAAAAUCCCAAAGCUGGGUGCAACAUCCACUGAGAACCAGGAUGAAGGCCCACAGGUGAAGAGGUCCUCCUCACCUCCUCACGGAGCUCCAAAGAAGAGAACAGCUUUCAUCGACAUCACCAAUGCUCAUAAGGUUCAGAUCAGCAUUCCAGGGAGGAAGAAGGAGGCAGGGAAGAAGGCUGUGAAGAAAACGGGCUCCACCUCGGUGUCUGCAAAGAAUCAAGCCAACCUGAAAAAGUCAUCUUCUGUGAGCUCGGAGGAAACCACCACCGAGAGAGAAAGUAGCGACACCGAGGAGGAGAAGGUUGUGGUGGCUCCAGUAGAACAGCUGGAGGAUGCUGUGCCCCCUGCUGUCCGCCAAGUGCCGGCACACCUUCAGAGACAGCUGAUCCCGAAGGAGUUUGACAUCGACUCUGACAACUCUGAGGACGGCUACCUGUGUCCAGAGUAUGCAAAGGACAUCUUCGACUACCUCAAACAGAGAGAGGAGAAGUUUAUCCUCUGCGACUACAUGCCCAAGCAGCCCAGUCUCAACCCAGAGAUGAGGGCGAUCCUGGUAGACUGGCUGGUCGAAGUGCAGGAGAACUUUGAGCUGUACCACGAGACCCUGUACCUGGCGGUUAAGAUUUCAGACCACUACCUGUCAAAAACGCCUGUGCACAGGGAGAUGCUGCAGCUCGUCGGCUCCACCGCCAUGCUCAUAGCCUCCAAGUUUGAGGAGCGCAGCCCGCCUUGCGUCGACGACUUCCUGUACAUCUGCGACGACGCCUACAAGAGGGAGGAGCUCAUCUCCAUGGAGGUCAACAUCCUGCAGACGCUGUCGUUUGACAUCAGCAUCCCCAUCCCCUAUCGGUUCCUCAGACGCUACGCCAAGUGUGUGAGCGCCGGCAUGGACACGCUAACUCUGGCUCGCUACUACUGCGAGAUGAGCCUCAUGGACAUGGACCUGGUGCCAGAGAGGGGAUCGCUGCUGGCCUCGGCCUGCCUGCUGAUGGCUCUGGUCACCAAAGACCUGGGAGGAUGGUCUCCCAUCCUGCAGUUCCACUCCGGCUAUCAGACGUCAGAUUUGGCACCAGUCGUCAGGAGGCUCUACUUGAUGCUUGUGGCUCCGGCUGACGAUAAACUGAGAGCCAUCCGGAACAAAUACUCUCACAAGGUGUUUUUUGAAGUUGCGUCUUUGCCACUGGUCAAUAUCGACAUUCUGGAGGACGCCUUGACCUCCCAGUGAGGCGUCAGGCCUGAAAAUGGUAAAAAUAAAUGUCUAAAUUGAGCGAAAAUAUCAAAAUUUCUCUUAGACAAGCCUGUAUAUAAUUUGUUAAUAUGUUUAAUAUUUAUACGUGUAGUCUAGUGUGUCAUUUAUAUAAACAAUUAUUCCAGUUUGAUGGAAAAGAGUUUUAACAUGGGCAUUUGUUAUUAAGAACUUGUAGUGUUACAUUUUCAGUAUACGCUUUGACAUUUAUUUUUAUACAUUAUUAUAAGAAGUUAAAAGGGGAAAAAAACUUAAUUCAUUAGUAUUUGUAAGCCUCGUGUGUUUGUGUAUGUAGUGCACAAUUUAAAGAGUGUGUUAUAUGUUGGUAGAUGCUUAUUUUUACUAAUGAACUAAGCACUGGCCCACAAGUUUUAUAGGUUUUCGUACAAUCUUAAUAUUUUCAUACGUUGUACAGUUUUUAUCAUGUUAAUGUCACUAUGCUAAUUAUUUGUAUAAAAGACGACCAGAUGAUGCUACUUUUGAACAGCUGUCAUGGGUACUCUAAAAAUAAAGACGUGUUUUUUUAUGUUAAA